UUUUUUUGGAGGUGAUUUCUGUUUUCUUUCUCUUUAAUGCUCUGGGCAUAGGAUGCUCUAGGUAUCGGAAUUAUUGAACACAGUUUGAUCCAAUGAUAGCUGGACAAGUCAGUAAGCCCUUGCUGUCAGCGCAGAGUGAAAUGAAUGCGGAGUUGAGAGGUGAAGACAAGGCUGCUACUUCAGACAGCGAGCUGAAUGAGUCCCUGCUUGCGCCUGUGGAAUCAAAUGACAGCGAGGACACUCCCAGCAAGCUCUUCGGGGCCAGAGGAAACCCGGCUUUAUCAGACCCAGGCACUCCUGACCAACACCAGGCCAGUCAGACCCACCCCCCUUUCCCGGUUGGGCCUCAGCCACUUCUGACAGCACAACAGUUGGCCUCCGCUGUCGCUGGCGUGAUGCCGGGGGGCACACCGGCCCUCAACCAGCCCAUCCUGAUCCCCUUCAACAUGGCUGGACAGCUAGGAGGACAACAAGGACUGGUCCUCACACUGCCUACCGCGAAUCUCACCAACAUCCAAGGGCUGGUAGCAGCAGCUGCAGCUGGAGGCAUUAUGACUCUACCAUUGCAAAAUCUACAAGGUAACCAACCCAUUGUCUCCAUGGGCCACAAAGGGCUCUAUCCCCUGGCCAGUGUUCUCUGAAGUGCUCAGAUGCCCCCAUUGGUGAAUGUGGUAUUGAGCAGCUCCCACUAUCAGAGAGAUGGAAGGCUCGUGUAGGUAGCAAAGUUUCAAGUUGUCUGUGAAUCCCAGGCUCACUCAAACCAUGGACUUUAUCAGUUCUUGUUUCCUAGCAUUGAUUUGAGACCAUUCAGGUCUUCUGGAGGCACUCGUGAGCAAUCAUUGCUUAGUUUUUUUCAUCAAAAACCUGGAUGUAAAAUUAUUGUGUUUUAUUUAAGGACAUGAGUUAUGAUCCCAUGAGUUUUUCAGUUUAGCCAUCUGCAAAGAAAGGUUAUACAUGUUUUGUUUGAGUGGGAAGUGGUUGGAUCAUCUCCAAUACAAGAUGGCGUUUGGAAGUCUUAUUUUGGUUAUUGUGUUCUUAUUAGGCAUUUUUAGUUAUAAUUAUUAAACAGAAAUUGUAUUAUUUGAGAUCAUACUGUGUAAUGAGAAAAACAGACUCAUAUAUUGAGCCUUUAUAAUUACAUGGGCCUAUAACAAGAGCUGGACACAUUUUAUGCUGGAAAGAGUUCUUUCAGUACUACAAAGGUUUUCACUUUUCUAUGAAAGAUUUGCUAACACUAUUUGAUAAAAUGAUUUACAUAAGACUCUGCCAAAGGAAUAAUUUUAUGGUGAAAAAUGGCCUGAAUAUGAUACAAUUAAGAUGGCCAACAAAGAGAAAAUGAAUUUGUUGUGAUCUGCUCAAAGGUGUUUGUUUUCCCCAUUGAUAUGAAUGUUAGCAAUUAGAAAGAAUUUUUAUUUUUUAAUUAGAGUUCAAUUAAGUUAUCAGGAGGAACAAUUUAAAGUACUUUCUGUCAAAUGGUCAAAUGUGGUCAAAUGUCAGGGCUACUUAUGGCCAGAGCAUCAGCCCAUAGAUUAAGAAGUAGACCAUGUAAGAACUGAUUAACUCUUGACCGAAACUUUUUUACACACCAUAUGUCCUAAUAUCCCACCUAGUGUUGCCACUUCCUGAGUUUCCCUUUAAUGUUUAAAACAAAGUCUCUCUCAUACCAUUAAAUUGUGCCAAGAAACCUGCCAUUCAUAAAUUAUGCAUGCCCAGGACACACUAAUGCACAAACUUUACUUGUUUCAAAUUUGAGAGUGCCUGGGAGUCAGGAUCUCAAGAUUAAGCAAAUAAGGCAGGAAUAAACAAGGUGAAAGCAGAAGCAACAAAGUGUAAGGAGAGGCUUUCUAAUGUAGGUGGAUGAUGAAAUCUUAAUGAAGAAAUGGGCAUUAUCAAAAUGCAACCUUCCAUUUGCAACAUUUGCGCUUAUGGGAAUAUUGAAUAUUAUAAAUAAACAUAAGCUCACAAAGUUCCUAGGUCAUGAAUUAAUCUUGCUCAGCUAAAAUAGAUGCCAAAGUCAGAGUCCAAAAAAUCAGGCUUGUCGUAUCUUUAUUAUGGUUUGGUAUUUUAAGGAUUUUAGUCCCAGGUUAUUUUAAUGGCUCAAAAUUAGUGACUGUGAACCAAUGAGGAAUGUGGACUUCCAUCAAAUUUUCUCUCUCUAAGUAUCAAAUUUCGGAUUAGUUUAUGGUUGGGAAUUUGGUUCUU